CACUUAUGAUUAACUGACUUCUGGUACAGAGGCCUAGCUGAGGGGUCGCCAUGCAUUCACGACUUACAGAUUUUUUUCUUGAGUUUCCAUUCGAGAUCAAUGUACUGAGAUACAGCCACGAUGAAGUGACAGUCUGGGACAAAGAUUUGUAAAUAUUUUGUACAGGUAGAAAGGGUUGAAAAUGUGGCCCACCAAGGAAAAGCCUGUAGAGCUGGAGAGGCGAAUUAAGGCCAAUGACUCCACCUACAACAAACAAUUUAUGUACGCGAAUAACUACAUAUGUACCACCAAGUACAAUUUAUUUUCGUUCCUACCAAAGAACAUGUUCGAGCAAUUCCAACGACUGGCCAACGCCUAUUUCUUGUGCCUACUUAUACUACAGCUGAUUCCAGCAAUCUCCUCCCUGACGCCUUUAACAACGAUGAUUCCAUUGGUCGCUGUGCUUGCAGUAUCCGCGCUCAAGGACGCGGUUGAUGAUUUUAGACGACAUCGUAGCGAUGGGCAGGUCAACGAUCGACUGUCUUUUGUAUUGCGGGACGGGAAACUGGUGGAGGAACGGUGGCACAAAGUUGUUGUCGGAGAUAUCAUCAAGAUGGAGAAUAAUCAGUUUGUGGCGGCGGACCUUUUCCUUCUAUCAACCAGUGAGCCCCAUAGCUUGUGUUACAUAGAGACUGCUGAACUUGACGGGGAGACAAAUCUCAAAGUGAGACAAGCUCUACCGGAAACUGCUGAACUUGAGAAUGACAUGGAGAAGCUAACAGAAUUUAAUGCUGAAAUCGUGUGUGAAGCGCCUAACAACAAACUGAGUAAAUACGAAGGCACGAUGAAAUGGAACAACCAAACUUUCUCUCUAGACAACGAUAAGAUGCUGCUCCGCGGUUGUGUGCUUCGUAACACACAAUGGUGCUAUGGUUUGGUCAUAUUCGCUGGUCUAGACUCGAAAUUAAUGAUGAACAGUGGGAAAUCUAUCUUCAAAAGAACACACAUUGACCGUCUCCUUAAUAUCCUCAUCAUAGGUAUUUUUAUAUUUUUACUCUCAUUAUGCCUGGCCAUGACAAUAGCUUGUGGUGUAUGGGAGACAGCUACGGGCUAUCAUUUCCAGAGUUAUCUCCCCUGGGAGUCCUAUGUUCCUGGCUCCCCUGACAAGUCAGGAACUGUAGCUGAGGGCGCCACUGUUAUAUCACUGCUGAUAUUUUUUUCAUCCAUCAUCAUCUUUAAUACUGUUGUGCCCAUCUCCUUAUAUGUCAGCGUGGAGAUAUUCCGCCUGGCGAAUAGUUUCUGGAUUAACUGGGAUGGGAAGAUGUACUAUAAGAAGGUAGACACGCCUGCCAAGGCGAGAACCACCACUCUUAACGAGGAACUGGGACAGAUAGAAUACAUCUUCUCCGAUAAAACUGGUACUCUAACACAGAAUAUAAUGACGUUCAAUAAGUGCUCUAUAAAUGGGAAGUCCUAUGGUGACGCUUAUGACGAUUUCGGGAACGCUGUGGAAGUGACUGAGCAUACGCCAAAAGUGAAUUUUUCCGACAAUCCUUACUUCGAGACAAGUUUUGAUUUCUACGACUCUCAGCUUUUGACAGCUAUCCACGAUGGAAACCCCCUUGCACAUAGGUUUUUCUACAUCCUGGCUCUUUGCCACACUGUUAUGCCGGAGAUGAAUGAUGGUGUCCUUGAGUAUCAGGCCCAGUCACCUGACGAGGGAGCUUUGGUCGGUGCUGCCAGGAACUUUGGUUUCGUCUUUAAGUCCCGAACACCACAAACCAUCACCAUUGAAGUGAUGGGCAAGCAAGAAGUGUACGAACUGUUGUGUAUCCUCGACUUCAACAAUGUCCGAAAGAGGAUGUCUGUGGUGGUCAAAAAAGAUGGUAAAAUCAUGCUUCUGUGUAAGGGUGCCGAUUCUGUGAUCUACGAGAGACUGGACUCGAGCUGUGCCAACGCUAAGGAGCUUUGUACUCAUCACUUAAACGAAUUUGCUCAGGAUGGCCUUCGAACACUUUGUCUGGCCGAAAAAGUUAUCCCUCAAAGUCAAUGGGAUGCAUGGCAGAAGAAACACCACGAAGCCAGUACAUCAUUACAAGAUCGUGAGGAAAAAGUGGACGCAGUUUACGAGGAGAUUGAACAAAAUCUAAUUCUUGUGGGGGCUUCUGCCAUCGAAGAUAAAUUACAAGAUGGAGUUCCUGAAGCCAUAGCUAAUCUUGCAGAAGCUGGGAUCAAAAUCUGGGUACUCACAGGGGACAAACAAGAAACUGCUAUCAAUAUUGGGUAUUCGUGUCGUCUGCUGACUGAUGAAAUGGAAGACAUUUUUGUGAUAGACGCUGAAUCUUAUGAAGACGUGAGAAAACAAAUGUCUGAUGCCUUAGAGGAGGUGAAGAGGAUUAAUCGUGAGAAGAAGGAAGCCUCGCAAACUGAUAAUGUACAAAUUGCAAAUGGUGGCGGCCAACAAUUCUACAACGGUGGACCGAGUAGUGCUGUGAUGGAAGACGAUGAUAUAUGUAAUGAAUUUGCACUUGUUGUCAAUGGUCAUAGUUUGAUCCAAGCACUCAAACCGGAGAUGGAACAGCUACUUCUGGAGUUAGGCUGUUCCUGUAAGGCAGUCAUCUGCUGUCGAGUUACACCACUACAAAAGGCGCUUGUCGUUGACCUGAUCAAGCGUAACAAGAAAUCAGUCACCCUUGCCAUUGGUGAUGGAGCUAAUGAUGUCAGCAUGAUCAAGACGGCUCACAUCGGUGUUGGUAUCAGUGGCCAGGAGGGACUCCAGGCCGUCCUUUCUAGCGAUUACUCCAUCGCUCAGUUCAGAUACCUCGAGCGUCUGCUCCUCGUCCAUGGGCGCUGGUCCUACUUCAGAAUGAGCAAGUUCCUCAGAUAUUUUUUCUACAAGAAUUUUGCUUUCACAUUGUGUCAUUUGUGGUUUGCGAUCUUCUGUGGUUUUUCUGCACAGACUUUGUUUGAUCCCUACUUCAUUUCCUUCUACAACCUGUUCUAUACCUCAAUGCCGUGUCUCUUCAUGGCGGCGUUUGACCAGGACGUGAAUGAGACUUACUCGCUGCGCUACCCCAAGUUGUACACGCCAGGCCUUAGAGACAUGCUGUUCAAUAAGAAGAUUUUCCUGUUAGGCGUGAUGGAAGGGUUCAUCACAUCCCUUAUAUUAUUUUUCAUCCCCUACGGGACGUUCUACUGGGCGACCAACCCCUGGGGCACGGACCUCGUCGACCAUCAGUCAUUUGGGGUUGUAGUCGCGUCCAUACUGGUGGUCGCUGUCAACCUACGGUGUGCGCUGGAUACGUCGUACUGGACUGGCUUCAACCACUUUGUGAUAUGGGGAAGCAUGAUCCUGUACUUCUGCUUCAUUCUCGCCAUGUACUCCAGCGUGUUCAACUACACGUAUAUGGGGGUGGCCUACCAGGUCUACUCCACAGCCAAUUUCUGGCUUUGUCUACUCCUCACCAUCACGAUCCUCCUUAUCCCGGUCAUCGCAUACCGCUUCUACUAUCUCGACAUGCAUCCCACGCUCAGUGACCGAGCCCGACUCAAACAGCGCAUGUCCAAAUCCAAGGCUCGCUCAGGUGACAUCACAAUGCGUCGUCAGUCGACACUGCGCCGCAGCACAAGAUCAUUACGCUCAGGCUACGCCUUCGCCCACCAACAAGGUUUUGGCGAGCUCAUCACCAGCGGCUUAAAUAUGCGACAACGGGUCGAACAAAGUGAGGCAAGAGAUAAUCCUGUCCAGUUAACUAAAAUUAAACGUAUAAACAGCUCAAACUCGCCACAAAACGGGAACAGCGCUUCAGAAGGAUCCCAUGUAAAUAACGUGUCGGAGCAUGAACAUGAUAAACAUGUAAUGUUAAGUGAAAAGCUCUGACGAAACCAUCCGAGUCAUUGAAAAGCUUUGAUAAAAUAAAACAAAUCUGUGAUUAUGUGAAUUUAUAUCAAGAUUGUAUGUCAAGUUAUUUAGAUAAAAUGCGUGAAGUCCUAUGAAAGAAAUCAGACGUCCCUAUUUUACAAAACUGAAAAUGUUCAGCUUGUGAUCAGUGUAUCUUCAAAAGAAAUGUUUAGAAAUAGAUAUGUUGCAAUAUUUGUAAAUAAGAUUUUACCAUAGUGUUAAUACAUAUGAUGUCAUAAUCUAGAAAUUUCAUAAAUUGUUAGAAAAAAUUGGGGUUAUUUUUUUCCUGUUUUUGUAUUAACUAUGUACCAUGCUUGAUUUCCUGCAUAAAAAAAUCCAAGUUCAGACUCUUAAAAUUUGUUCUUAAUAUUAUGCUCUUAUAUUCCCUUCAAAUAAAGAUUUUUUAAUUAAAUGAUUUAUUUUUCGACGGACUGUAUUAUGGUAUGCCAUUUUUCUUGUGUCUGAUGAUCCACUAAGCUGAGGUGUUUGUCCACCCAUCCGUCCAUACAGAAUCUUUCCUUUCUCUGGACCACAAUUUAUUAUCAGAAGAAGAUGCAAAGGUCAAGGGUCACUAUUACAGAACAUUCGCUUUAUAGUAUGACUUUAUCGUGGCUCCCUCGGUGCCAUUCAUCGUUGGUUAUAACCCUGUUGAAAAAUGUUUAGUUAAAAUUAAACCUAGUUAUAACUUUUUUCACUAUGUAUUCUUCCUAGUUCAUCUUACACUUAAUUCAGUUUUUCUGGUUUUGGAUUAUAAAUUGUCACGUUCUGUGUCUGUUAACUCAGCUGUAUUGAUAUCACAAACAAGUUGAGCUGCUUUUGGUAGAGCUGGUAUUGAUGUGAAUUUAAAGCCUUUUAUUAUUUAAAAUUGAAAACAAUUAGUCAACAUUAAAUUUAUUUAUUUUUUGAAAUGACAAAAUUUGAUUAAGAGAAAAAAUGAACUUUUUAAAGCAUGACAGGAAAAUUUAAUAUUUAAUUGUUUCAAUAAAAGCCUUUCCCCGAAAAUAUUGUUUUUACAUUAAUGUCUGAACUUGGUUUAGUAUUUCCCUUUUUAUCUACAUAAAAUGAUGUGAGUUUGAUAUGAAAUCACCUGUACAUAAAAGUUAUAAAGUAAUUAAUAUUUAGCCUCAUUGAAGGUUUAAAUCGUUUCUGUUAAAUGUGAGAAAAUAUGUGUAUUUUACAUUUUUUGUGUAUAUAUUACACAGGUAGCUGUAAUCUUCUAAUAUACUGCACUGUUUAAAUGUCUUUAAGUUUUUUCUAUCGAUUCAAAUAUUGUUCUAGUUUGUACAGAAAGUAUUACUAUUUUACAAUGAUGUUAUGAUUAUUAUUCUUGUACAUGUACCUGCUUGGCAAUGAGUAAUCAUUUGAACUGAUCUAACUGCUUUUUUCACUAGUCAUGGAGUCGGUCCAGACGUGUUUAUUGGAAUAACUUUCCUGUGAUUUCUGUGGCAAUAAUUUCUAUUUUAUUAAUGGAUGUACAUGUGUUUAUCCAUUUUUUAAUUGCUGACUUUGCCUGGUGAAUUUUCCUUCCAAUAUCUCUUGAUACCACACACACUUACCUUUGCUAAAAAUGUGGAAAAAAUAAUUCUGCAAAGGGAGAUAAUUACAGGUUAAAUAGACUUUCCUUCACAGAGGAAUACAAAUUGAUGUAAAUCUUUUCACAUAGAAUAGUUUUGCAUUUGAAAGGGGAAAUUAUAUAUAUAUGCACUUUUUGAAAUAUCUUGUUAAUAGAUUUAAAAUUCUGUAAAAAAUAAUUACAGACUAUACAGGAUGUAUGUGUUAGUACAUGUAUUAUAUUAUGUUGGUAACUAUUUUAUGGUGUGUAAGUAAAAAAGAAACAUUGAUAUUGCUAAUUAACUGGAGAGAAAAGGUUAUAAGGAUGAUAUUUUAUAGUAUCUCCCUUACUAUCACGCGACGAUAGUAUCAAAGGGUGAUAUAAUAUUGUAUACUAUCUCCCUUACUAUCAUGAGACGAUAGUAUCAAAGGGUGAUAUAAUAUUGUAUACUAUCUCCCUUACUAUCACGCGACGAUAGUAUCAAAGGGUGAUAUAAUAUUGUAUACUAUCUCCCUUACUAUCAAGAGACGAUAGUAUCAAAGGGUGAUAUAAUAUUGUAUAAUAUCUCCCUUACUAUCAAGAGACGAUAGUAUCAAAGGAAGAUAUAAUAUUGUAUAGUGUCUCCCUUACUAUCACGAAACGAUAGUAUCAAAGGAUGGUAUAAUAUUGUAUAGUAUAUCCCUUACUAUCACGAGACUAUAUUAUCAAAGGAUGAUAUAAUAUUGUAUAGUAUCUCCCUUACUAUCACGAGACGAUAGUAUCAAAAGCAGGUUCAUUUAAGCAAACUUUUGGACAAUGAAGUAGUCUUGCAAUUAAAUAAAAAUACAGUAACAAUUGUAUAGGUACACAUAAAAGCUACGGGUAUGUGAGAUUGAGAUUUGUUUCGAAUUGAAGUUUAAAAAAGAUAGAAAUACUUGUUGCAUAUUUCAGCCUUUUCCCCAAAUAUUUUAUUUUUCAUUAUUUUUUUCAUUUUAAGUUUAUUUAUUUUUUAACUUGUCAAUUUGUAUUGGUCUUUCAGACUCUGAUUAUGAGUUUAAAGAUCAUAUUUAAAUGUCAUGUUUUGUUAUUGUUCUAUUCGUUAGAAAUUACUGUUUCUGAUAUUUGCUGUCAAUUUCUGUUAUUUUGCUAAAUAUGAUAGAUCAGGUCCCGUAGUCAAUAAACCAUUCUCAUGCUCAAACUCACAUUUUUUGCUCAAGCCAAACCCCUUGUUUUGGUGAUAAAUGAAUAAUGAAACAUAUUUGAUCAAUGAUUUAUAAAAAUUCUGGAGACAAUUAUUAACACUUUAUUUUUUCACCAUGUCACAGGAUUUAAAUGAGUUGCAAGAAAGUUGAUUUGAGCACAGAAUUAAGGCUUGAACAUGAGAACCGUUUUAGUAAUACGGUCUCAGGUAUAUACAUCAGGGGAACAUCUAUGUUCAGUUUAAAAGGUGGCUGUUGGCCAAAGUGAUUCAGAACUGAAAGUUCUUUAAUAAGUUCACUUUGUUUCUUAACUCAUGAAAGCUCUCUGGGAUCUUUCCUUUCCUGAAAAUAUGUCAUUCACAUGCAUAGAAUUUAGGAUUUCAUUCUUUGAAAAUUUCGCAAAAUGUUUUUGUUUGUCUUUUGGAUGUUGGUCCUUCUUCGGGUUUGUGUGUUAAAUUUUAUUUAAAAGUCUAACGUAUAUUCAAUUUAUAAAAAUGAUAUUAUUGAAAUCAUGCUAUCAUUGACCAAAUAUAAUACACCUUAAAAACUGGAUAUAUACAUGAAAAAAUAUAUAUAUAUGCAUAUUUUUUUUUUAAUGAAAUAGGAUUUCGACUGUUUAUUUUCUUUUUGCUAUAAUGUUUCUUCUCAAAUAUUCAUUGUAGAAUAUUUACUAUGACCAUUCCUUUUGUUUCCAUCAUUUAGUGCAAUUUUGAACGUUAAUUUGAAAAAAUAAAUCUCUAAUUAAUGCUUAAUUUCAAAACUGCAAAUAGAUUUGACCUAGCAGCAGCUAACAAAAAUUAGGGAACUUAAAAACUUGUUGAGUUUUGAUGUUAAUUCAAAAAUGAAAUAAUUCUCAGAUCAAAAGCUGUUUCAGUCUUAAAAUCAAGAUGAAAGCAUUCUUUAAAAAGGAUGCCAUUUGCUGAUUUUAUCUCAGAUUCAUCAAUUGUUAGAUAUAAAAUUCAAAUGUUUUGUGUUCACCCUAGAUAAUUUUAAUUACAAAAUUGAAUAUAUAUCUAUGUUAAAUAUGAAUAUUACUAUACAGGCUGAAAACAAUACUAGAGGGGAUUUAAGUGUGGAGGAGAUUGCAAAAGAUGAACGUUAACUAAAUGCUGCAUUAAACUGCAUAUAUAAAUAAAAAAAAUAUGGAUUCAUGUAGAAAAAGGUGAUAUAAAGUAAUAUUUCCAAGAACUGAUACUGUUUACUGCCAGCCUAUGUGAUGGGAUUGUGUCGGCUUGUUACUUUAUUUUAAUGUUUUAUUAGCGUAAGAACGUAAUUAUAAGAUACCGGUAGAAACGAUUGUACAAUAUGUAUACAUAUGAAUUUACUUUUUUUUGUUACAUGUACAUACAGUGUAGAAAUGUUGAAAGAUGUUAUUUUGGUUUAACUGCAGUGUCUUUAAAAAAAACAGUCUCAGAGACCAAUUUAAUAUCUUGGAGAAGCUACCAUCCAAUAUAUAUCUCAAAAUCACUUUACUAAUCCAGACAUUUUGUUUCUGGUAAAAAAAUCCAUUUUUUCAAACUUAACGAGAAAUUUCACUCAUGUUGAAAGAUAUUAUGAUGUUUAUUCCAACUAACAGUCGUAGAAAGAAAAAAUACCCUUAUAAGUUUACCUAAACAUCUGAAAAUAUUUACCUAUAUGAAAAUUCACUCCAAGUCUACCUGUAUGAAAGUUCACAACAUAUCUACCAGUAUGAAAGUUAUCCCUGAGAAACUUAGUUACCUGUAUGAAAGUUAUCCCUGAAAAACUUACCUGUAUGAAAGUCAUCCCUGAGAAACCUACCUGUAUGACAGUUAUCCCUGAGAAACUUACCUGUAUGACAGGUUUCCCUGAGAAACUUACCUGUAUGACAGUUCUCCCUUAGAAACUUACCUGUAUGAAAGUUCUCCUGAGAAACUUACCUGUAUGAAAGUUCUCCCUUCGAAACUUACCUGUAUUUAUUAGUGCUACUUUUUUGUAGCUUAAUGGAUAACUGGUGUAAAAUAUUGAUUUACAAGAAUCCAAAGACGUUUUAUACACAGAUUCUUUUGAUGUAUUUAUCAUUAUCAUUUGUUAUCAUUUAGCUAAACAUUUUACUGCAUACUUUCCUCACUAUCCAAUUUUAUUACACUUGGGAAUCUAUACAGAUAAAAACACAUCCUUUUUUUGGGGAUGUAUUAUGUAAAUGUUAACAAUUGUGUAUAGUGGGCCCCAGGGGAAAUAGUGCUGCCAGCGGUUGUGGUCAAAAAGUGUCUCCCUGCCCUCCCUUUUCCCAACCCUAUCUAUGUUAUGUCUGAAUUAGGCCUUAGAUAUAUAAAUCAUACCGUAGGUAUCAGUAUAUCAUUGUAUAGGUGUUAUGAGCAUUUUAGAUGUUUAUCAAAAAACAUUAACGUAAAUAGAUUUCUUAAAAAAAAUAUGUAAAUAAUUUAAUUUGUAAACAAAUGUCUUGUGCAAUCCAUUUAUAAAUAGAGACCAUGAAAUGUUUGUUAUUUUCAAACUUGGUUUAUUUAUUAUUGAGCCAGGUGUACAUUCCUGGAGAGUAAAACAAUCAUGUAAUUACCACCCAACCAGGUGUCUAGAUCGUUGAUAGAAAGAAUGUGUUAUUACUUAGUGGAUAACUUUGUACAUAUUCAUGUUCAUUUUUCAGCAUUUACAGUUGAUUGUAAUAGAUUAACUUUGUCGUCGAUUAUUUCAACAAUAAACUUUCUUCUCCUCGUUGGUUUUAAUGGUGAAAGGUGAUUUAUUGUGAUAAGGGACCCUAAUAUUAAAUCUUACAUUUGCUUAUAGGUUGCAGUUUACUGGACAAAUUUUUAACUCAUUUACCCCUGAAGACACAUUUGAACUCUUACAAUUCAAAGGUUUGAAUAGUUCAUUAUGAAAUUUCAGGGGUGAAUGAGUUAAUAACUGGAAACUUACCCUAAUUGGACGAUUUCUUUCCUGAAUCUCCAAAAGUAAAACAAUUAUUUUAAGAUUAGAGCUUUUUGCAUAAAGUUCGGGAAUGUUUGACCAAUUGUGAAAAAAGGAGUAUUGGAUAAAAAGAAAAACAGAAGAUACCUUUUUAUAAUCUUUAAUUAUCACAGAUCAACCUUGUCAUAUUUCAUUAAUACAUCCAUGAUGAAUUUCAUUUGAGGAAUUAUUCUUUUAAAAUAAAACCUGUGUAUUACAUUGUAUACAGUUUUCAUUUGAAGAUUGUGUUCAGGUAAAAACCAACAUAUCCUAGCAUUAUACAGCUAGCUCCCUAUACGUAAGUAUAUAACAUUAGAUAUAUGACUUGUGUACAAAUGCUCAGUUUUUUAUUUGCUUUGAUGAAAGAAAUGAAUUUUUAACUUAGAUAAAUUCCGAGGAUAUUUUAAUCUGCGGGUAUGUUUGUCAACUGCUGUUUCAGUGUUAUUGUAUACAUAUAAUUCAUACAUUACCUGGUAACCUAACAGUAUAUCAUUCAUUGUACUUAGGAGCACCUAUUUAACUCAUACACCGCUUAAGACACGUUUGAACUCAUCCAAUUCAAAGGUUGGAAGAGUUCAGUAUGAAAUUUCAGGAGUGAAUGAGUUAAGAACUCAUCAUUAUUUCUGCUUCGUAAAAUUUGCUGAUGGCCAUUUGCUAUAUAUUUUAGAUUGUAUGCAUGUUUUCUGACGUAAUCCUGAAGCGUAACGUAUGAGGUCUGGAGAAAACGUAGCAUACUCAUCAGACCACUAGUUUGAGAUUUUGUUUCUCCCAUAAAAUGACCCCCACCAAAGGUCACGGACUGGUAUAAAGGUUUGGAUUUACCACGGUACUCAGUGAAAUGCAAUUAUUUGUGAUUUAUGAGAAAUGCGUGAAAAAAAUAUAGAUGACAGAAUUUAAUUAUGCAUUUUUUAUUUACUAGGAGCAAGCAUUGAUUUCAUGAAUCAACAGAGACAUUUUCUUUAGCUCAAAUUUUCCAGGAAAACAACUGCUUAUGUUAAGGAAAGAUUUUUUUUGUUUAACAGGCGGGGGCCUGGAGUUGAGAUUUUAUUAAUUCAUUAUUGAACUUUGUUGUCCCAUAUGUAACAGAAACUUCUAACAUUGCGAUUUUGUAUCAUUUGAUUCAAAUGUAAAUGUUGUACUGAUGGUAAACUAGUUAUUUUAUUUGGGUCCAUUACCUUAUAACUUAACUACAUAUCACGUGUUGAUACACACACGGUUUACACUUUUGAUCACUGUCACUCCCAGAUAAGUCUCAAAAUAUUCUCAAGGAUUUCACUUUUGAUGAUAAUUAGGCAUUUACUGCUGACCACAUUUGAUAAUUCGUAAAUGAUGACAUUUUUAAUACGUUUGCAAAUGUUCUCCUUAUGGAAGAAUUUUUUGAAGAAAUUCAAAAAAGUGAUCAAGUUGGAAUUAAAAAAUAAGUUUACUUUUAGUGAAAAUAAAAAGGGUAGAAUUUUUAUAAACUUCAACAUUUUUAUUUUUUUUCAUUUUAUUCACUUUUUUUAAAUGGGUCAUUUUAGAUUGGAAAAAAAUAAAACCUGAAUUUCUCAUAUAUUACUGACACGUCUUGAGUGAAUUAACUUCAAGCACUGCACUGGACUAGUAUAGUUAUAUCACAGAUACUUGAUAACACAAGUAGAGACACUGAGAUAUACAUGUAUAUAGGCUACUGAUGUUUAUUGCCUACUUCAACACAUUCAAAAUAUUGGUGACCAAUCAUGAAUUCCAGAUUACCCCGGUAGGAGCAUAUUUGUACACAUGGGAAUUUUUGUGUUUUUGACUUUUCACAAUUUUAGUGAUGUGAACAUUUCAGUAUUGGCAAUUUGGAUAUGUUUGUGUAUGCUUUUGCAAGUUCAUGAUGUAUAGAUUGGGAAACGUGAAAAUAAUAUUUUUUUUUAAAAGAGGAAAAAAUUGUUAUACAAAAUUUCUGUAUAUACAGUGCAUACUUCAUAAAUGCAAUCUUUGAUUCCUUAGAUUUUUUUAUUUUUUUUCUCCUUUAAUUUCUCAUACACAGGAGAUUUAAUUAAGAAAUUGUGGGUCACUAAUGAUAACAGAAUUGUGUCUAUGCAUCGGUAAUUUGAUCGGCUAUUUUCUGCCUUGGCAGUUUGUAUUGCAUGUGACUGAGCAUGAAGAUUAUGUACAAGAGAUAUUGAACAAAGAUAUAUGUGUUACAAUGCAAAGCGGUAUUUGUAUGUAUACGUUACUGUGACAAAGUUAAAUGGUCCAUUGAUUUUAUUGAUUAUAUAUAUUAUACAUAUUUGAUUGAUUAUAGUUGAAAAUUUCUUAUGUUGAAAGCAAUAAAUUAUCUAUUUUUACCAUCA